AGACAGACACUCAUCGCUGCAGUCCUCAGAGCUCUUGAUUUGUACCUGCCUCCGAACUACAAUGAAUACUGACAACCGACAUCAACAAUGCCACAUCCAUUUCCAUUGAUGCAUAAAGUCGAUAAAUAAGAAGGCAAUCACAGAGUAUUGGUUGCGGCUAAUGCCUGACUUACUUGUCGUGAGGACCGACCACAAAAUCCUGGGUUUGACGAAACUCGUCCACCCAAGUAAAAAAGUUUGUGUACGAUAAAGUCAAAUUAAAGACCUACGUGUACGAUAUACUAAAACCAGAAGAUGUCGAGCUGGCUCCAGAGUCUUUGGUCCGGGUCCUCAGGGGGUAGCCCCGGCGGCACCGCUAGCAGCAAGUCACCACGUGCCACCGGCACGUCCCCACGAAACAGCCCCAACGACGGUUCUUUGAUAUUACCAACGGGGGCAGACGGUAAUAAACCCGUGGGGCAGCAGCUGCCGACCGGGUAAUUAUGAUUUUUGGGGUUUGAUGUUGUGCAAUACGCGAUUUGCUUUUGCAUGAGAAAUUGAAGACAUUGUUGAUCAUCUGGAUCCCGAUUCUGCAAAACAAAACCAGCGCUUCCCAGGACAACCUCGGCGGCGCUACAACGGUUGCUGCAGUAUCCACCCCUCAGCCGGCCUCGUCUCCCACGAACCAAAACCCCACGGCGAAUUUUGUCCGCACGUUUUUCCGCUUCGCCUGGGACCAGGCAAACGACGUGGAGAUCCGCGUGGUCGGUUCCUGUCCGCAGCUCGGCGACUGGCAAUGGCAGAAGGGCGCGAUCCUGCAAACUUCGUUUGAAUACUUUCCCAGCUGGAUUUCCAAGGACCCGGUGUAUUUGCCCCUCGGCGAAAAAAUCGAGUACCAGUACGUGGUCAUAGUCAGAAAUAACCUGGGAGAACAAAGUCAAAGAGGGUCCAGCGGGAACCUGUUACCCUCCGCUUCUAGCAAUAGCCGGUUGCAAAUCUCUAAAGCGAGCUCUUCCUCCAGACUGGAUAGGGAAAACAAGCAAGAGCAGGACAAUGUCGUCUCGGUCAAGUGGGUGACUUCUCCCGGAACAGUAAGGCUGCCUAGUUCUACCGGUGGUGGAGUAGUAGAGAGCACGUUCAAUUAUGCAAAUCAAAAUCAACAGCAAAGCUCCUCUAUGGACUACAAAAGCGGUGCUGGUGUGCAAAGGAACAACAAUCAGAAACAACUGAGCAAAGAUUCCACAAUCACGAUCGACAACGGGGCGAAGGAGGGGGAGUGUUUGCAGCUGGUCCCCACGGGAAAUGAAAUGACGGCGGAGGACGACGGGGGUCUGUUCCGGAAAUUCAGCGGAAAAACGGCGGAGAAUUUGAACACCAUCUCCGGAAACACGAUGACGGACACGACCCUAAACUACCAGCAGAAUUCGUCCUCCCCCGAGAAGGGCGGGCAGUUCGGGCAGGGGAGCGACCGGGAAUUGGAUUUGCUGGAUUCGAGGAUAUUGGAGUUGGAAGAGGAAGGGAAGUGGAGCAGCAAGGGGACCGUGUUGUUUUUAACCUUCUUGCUCCCGGUGCAAGUGGUCCGCACGGCGGACGACAAGUGGGCGGUGACGCCGAUGAAGGACCACUUUUUAACGUCGUUGAAGCAAGCGAGGAAGCAACACAAAGCCAGUAAAAACAAAACCGGGAUGAUGAACCACAAAAGUGGUCAACAUCAACAGCAGCAGAACAGCAGUGACGAUUUGCAGAUUUUAUGCGUCGGGUGGCCGGGGGUGCAUGUGGAGUCGGAGUACGACAAAAGGCUGAUUUCGGAGCUCUUACUCGCGCACGACUGCAUCCCGGUCUUUCCCAGUCCCUACGAUUUUGAGAAUUUUGUGCAGUUCGCGUUCGGCCUGUUGUCCCCGAUUUUUCACGACGUCAUGCAGCACAUGCUGUUUUUCGACGCAAAGAUGACCAGUUUCGACGAGGAACAGUGGGCGAGCUACCAGCGGGUCAACUUCUGCUACGCCGACGUCGCGAUUCGGCACAGUCACGACUCGGAUUACUUUUGGGUCCACGACUACCAUCUGAUGGUGGUGCCGCAAUACCUAACCCGGAAGCUGCGGAUGGCAAACAUCGGCUUCUUCCUGCACUGCCCGUGGCCCUCCUUUGACAUUUUCAAGGCGAUUCCGGUCCGGGACGAUUUGCUCCGGGCGCUGCUGUGUGCGGACCUGAUCGGGUAAGUAGUUGAGAAGUUAUAAUUUUCUGGAGAUAAUUUUUUUUUGCUGCGAGUUAUCUGAUCAGAUUUACAUUUGGAUUUUAUGUUGUCAUUCGGCGCAUUACAUGUACAGGUUUCAGUUCUACGAUCACGCGCGAAAAUUCUUCGUUUCCACCAAGCGCCUACUCGGCCUCGACUGGACCUUCCUCCCCAACGGACAGCUUUCCCUGGACUACAGCGGACGCACGGUGUGCAUCAAAGUGUCCCACGUCUGCAUCUCGCUCACCCAAGUCGCCUCCGCCGCGGAAAGGUUCCGAACAGCCAUGAAUGCCGACCGCAACGAGCUGGCUGCGUUUGCGAAAACGAUCCGGGAAAGUAAUUUGGACGAAAGCAACCGGAGCUCGUCUGUUCCCAAAAGCAGCGGAGGAGGCGGUGGAACAACGACAACAAGCAUUCCAAAUUUCGCCGACCAAACGCCUUUGAUCACGCAACGAAGCAUCUCCGAGGCGACGGGCCGGAACACCCCGAGCAGCGGUGGAAUAUUGAACAACCAAAAGACCAUAGCGAUGAGUUUCAAUCGGAAAAGAAGUUCCUACGCGUCCAGUACCUCCGGCUUUUCCAGCAGCAAUUUAGACGGCACAGGAGGUGGUACUUCGGGUGGAAACGGCUCGCCGCAGAUGAAGCGAGUGCCACUGCUGUUCGAGCUGGAGAAGCAGUUUGCGGGGAAGAUCAUCUUCGCGGGUUUAGACCGGCUAGAAUCACUCAGCGGGAUGAUGCUGAAGGUGAACGCGUGGAAAUCUUUCCUUUCCGAGCACAAACAGUGGCGGAACAAAGUGAUUUUGGUCCAAUGUGCGUACCCGUCGGAACACCGUUUCAGGAUGGGCAUGAACAACAAAAUGCGCACUAGUAGUACAGAGACGGAGAACGGGGUAGUUCUCGGCGGGGGCAGCAGUGGAACUGAAAAUACGCAUAGUGGCACGACCAAGGAGAAAGAACAGACCGAUAUUAAAUCAUCACCAGCGAAGAAGUUCGGCGAGGCUGCAAGUAGUGGUCCAGGAGCUGCUACACCAAAUAGACAAGAACAGCACCAACAAGCGGGAUCAAACACUACAACCUCACCGAACAACAGUAAAGCCGCCUCACCUGGUGCCGAAGCAGAUGUCCCCUCUCCACAGCAGCAGCAAACGCUCAGCAAGUCGACGCUGGAACAGGAUUUAGAGGGUUUAGUCCUGGAAGUGAACGAGCUCUUCGGGCAGCACAUCGUGCUGUUACUUUCCAGCGAGGAAAUGGAGAUGGAGGAGAAAUUUGCCCUCUUCCAGUCCGCCCACGUUCUGAUUAACACCACCGUGAAAGACGGACUGAACGUCAACCCGCUCGAGUUUCUCGCCUGCCACGCGUCCAUCGGCGACCAGAAAGCGCCCAUGAUUCUCUCGGAGUUCGCCGGCGUUUCCCAGAUCCUCCAGGGCGCGCUGAUUGUGAACCCGUGGAACACGCCCGAAAUCGUGAACGCAAUUGUCCGGUGUUGCCGCAUGUCCGAGGAGGAAAAAGAGUACCGGUUCGCGAAGGAUUUGGCCUACGUUGCGGAAAAGAACCCGGUGACCUGGUUGGAAUCGUUUUUAACGGACUUGUAUCAAGUGCCAACAUUAUCUGGGUCUGGAAGACUGGGGAAGUUUGUCAUGCAAAUUGUACAUGGCGAUGGCCCGCUAUGCCUGUGAUGCAUGCUCUAGCAUCACAGCUUUAGCGGAAGCUUGUUGAUGCAAAUAGACUCUCCUGCAUGAGAAGUGCCCGCUCCGGUUGGCAACAAUCUGAGUACCUUUUACUGCUCAUGUUGCAAGACAGGCUUUUGUACGCUUGAAAGUUAGCAACACAAAUCCCAUUCUUUCCAGACCGAGACAUCUUUGCACUUGAUAACUUAAAAGCAAGUCGGAAAAAAGACGACAAAAACUACGUCGCGGUCGGGUUCGGCGCGAACUUCUAUCAAAUGUAAAAAUGUCUGGGUCUGGAAGAAUGCAACUUGUCAUGCUGUUUUUGGAUUCUAAAAAAAUUAGUGUUGCAUGACCAGCAAGAAAGGUCCAGUUUGUGCUACACGGAGAGGGCACUUCUCAUGCGGAAGGCGCAUCAGGAGGCCCUCUAAAAGUCUGUGAUGCUAGGUCAUGCAUUACAGGCAUCAGGGGUCAUGAGAAAUAUGCAUGACAAGGCUGCAUUCUUCCAGACCCAGACAUUUAUACAUUUGAUAACUUCCGCAUUCUCUCGAUGGACAGCACCUUUGCCAAAUUGAUGACCGACGACGUGAUCCACGCGUACCGAAACGCGCGUGGUUGCCGGGUCUUCUUCCUCGACAACGAGGGGACGCUGGCGCCGAACUUCGCCAGUCGGUACGCCAGAGCCAAGGACCACCUCCGGUUGAAGGACGUGUCCGAGCUGCAGUCCUUUGGCGUCGCGCCGAGUCCAAACGUCUUGCACUGUCUGAACGAGCUGAUGCAGGACCCGCGGAACAUUGUCGUCGUCAUCUCCGGGCGGACGAGAAAGCAGCUGUCCGAGUGGUUCUCCCCGGUCUUCAACAACAUUGGCCUCGCGGCCGAGCACGGGUUCUGCUACCGGAUUCCCUCGGUCUUGGGCGACGAGUGGUACCAGGAGCAGGUGGAGAGCGACAUGAGCUGGAAAAACGUGGCGUUCGAACUGAUGCGGGAGUACACGGCGCGGACGCAGGGGAGCUGGAUGGAGAACAAGGGGUCGGCGCUCGUCUGGCAGUAUCGGGACGCGGACCCGGAAUUCGGGGACCUGCAGGCCAAGGAGUUGGGGCAGCACUUGCGGGAAUUUUUGGCCAACUCUUCCGUGAUGUCGAACGCGCAGACGGGGACGAACCAGCCAGGCAGCAGCGGCCAGAAGAUUUUGCACAGUUCCGGCGUGGAAAACCAGUUUGGGUUGACGGAUACCGGGUUGACGGGGGGCAUAUCACCGAUGCGAAUUUGUCGAAAAUUCUGGAAAAAACUUGUGAUGCUAAAUUGUGGAUAAUGGAAGCUAGCACGUCCAAGUGCACCCAAGCGUGGAUGACAAGUGCUUGAAACGCUUUGGCAUCCUUCCAGGCGUAGUAGUACGCAUUAUCACAAAGAGUAUAGGAACAGGAAGCAGCGGCGUUUUUUUUGGCGAUACAGAUUUUCCAGUAAAACUCAAUGUAAAACAAGCCUUGCACCAAAAUCGACUUUCAUUCCAGACCCAGACAUGUUUGCGUUUGAUAAGGCAGUAUGCUGCACAAAGUGGAAGUGACCAACGGGAAGGGGUACGUGGAGUGCCGGGUAGCGGGGAUCAACAAGGGCGCAGCCGUGUCGAAAAUUCUGCAGAAGAUAUCCUUGAUCCGCGGAGACUAUCCAGUGCAGAAGUAAAUUACUCGUAUGACGGAUUAAUUGCGGGUAUGCACGACACGCCUACUAGUUGUUUCUCACCUGAAUCAGCAAAAGAAGUGGCUGUGUUUUUCCUACUUGUGAAAAAGAAAAACUUUGGAUUGAUUCCAUAUCCACUAGUGCGAUACUUUUGCAAUGCAUACAAACCCGGAUUUCAUCCUGUGCAUGGGCGAUGAUCGGUCGGACGAUAUCCUGAGUAAAAACGUACCCACACCAGAGUCUCGAUGGGGAUUUUGCAACACAAGCCUAGGAGUUUUGUGAGUCACGCAUGACAAGUUGCACUAUGCAGUGUAGUGCAGGUUAGCAAGUGCAGCCGCAUCACAGAUUCAUCUGCUCAUCCUGUUCACAGCAUCACAAAUUCCAAAACACGAUUGGAAAUGGCUCUCAUGGGGAUGCGCAUUACAAGUCUUCCUCUCUUUGCAAAUCUGCAUUACAACUCUGGCGUGGGUACGUUUUUACUCAGGAUAGACGAAGACAUGUUUGAAGUGGUGAACCAGCUAUCCCUAGCGGAAGGGGACGACGGGGGCGGAAGCGUCAUGUACUCACUUUACUGUUUUAUUUUUACUUCUGCUACUAACAGAAGCUUUUGGAUGAUUCAAAUUUUUCAAUAUUUUUUUAUACAACUUUGUCAACAUCAUGCGAGAUGAUGAAGAACAACAUGAAAGACCACGGCUGUCAUUCGACUCCCGCCUGCAUUAGACUCGUGCCAAUCUAUUCCUGCGAAAGCUACCAUUGCUUUUCAACUUCCACAGGGACGGCGCCAAGUCCACUUCGGAGUCCAACCUGCAGUUCUUUGCCGGUGGGAUGCGCUCUAUCGGUGGGUUGCAGCGCGGGUCUCGGGGGAGCGCGUCUUCGUCCCGGAUGAACCUGCUGGGGGGGAUUCAGCCCGUGAGUAACCUCGGCGUGAUAUCCUGAGCGAAAACGUCCUCACCCCGUAGUCAAGAUGGGGAAUCUGCUAGACAAAUGAGCCAGCUUCGGGCGUUGCGCAUGACAAGUUUGGCCUCGUAGUGUAAUCUUGUUUAAUAGCUAGUUCAUCAGCAUCACAGACCUAGCCUAUUGCGCUCAUUAGAGCAUCACAAAUUCCAAAACACGACCGGAAAACACUUCUCAGGGGACUACGCACGAGAAACAUUUUCAGCAUGCAGAUUUGCAUGACAGCUAUGGGGUGGGGACGUUUUUACAUAGGAUACGUGAACACCUUCGCGGGCGACGGGUCGGAUUUGAAACAGCAGUACAACUAUUACAAUGAAAAAUGCCUCCUCCCCAUAUCAAAACGGAAAUUUGUGAUGCAGAUUUGUGGCCACAAAUCAGCUUUGUCAUGCUAGAAGGGAAAAGAUGCGGACUCUAGUGCUGGUUGGCGUGGGAAAGCCUUGCAUCUUCAGCAUGACAGGGGGCAGCUGGAAGUGGGAAACAGCAUGACAAAUUGCCUGCAAACGAGGCCACAGCUGCGUCUCUUGGCCUUCUAGCAUUACAAGUCGAUUUGUGUACUCAAAUACAGCAUCACAAAUUUCGUUUUCGAUAUGGGGAGGGAGGAUUUUUCCUUUUGAUAACAACGUGAACAACAUCAUGUCCUGCACCAUAGGGCAGAAACCGUCGAAGGCCAAAUACUAUCUCCACGACGUUGAGGAGGUGACGGAGUUGCUCGAAGCGCUGAAAAACUCGGUCCGCAGCUGCCUGGAAGGGGACGAAACGAAAUUGCAGCAAGUGUACAAAUCCACUCCCGCGAAGCUGCAAGGGACGUCGAAUAGUAAUGCAAAGUACAACAACACGCCCGGGGGCGGGGCGCGCGGCGGGCUGUACGGCGCGCCACCCUUUCAACAGGGAGACAAUCUCAACCAGCAACCCGAAGCAGGCGACGUGCAGCGGCAGGGAAGCAAAAUAAAAACACCACUAGAUCAGUUGAGUUUCGGCGGGCACCAGCGAGGGAUGAGGCCGCAAGACAGAGGACCAGAGUCGGAGCAAAGCGAGGACGGGGGGACAUCGGUAGUGUCAUCGGUGUCUGAUCAUGACUACGUGGUCGGUAGUUCCUUCCAGCAACAGGGAAGCAGUGCCGGGUACAGGAGCGGAAGGUAAAGAAGAUGCUGAUUUUUAAGUACCUACUUAAAUGUUCGAAGAUCAUGGACUAUUCUCACCUUUACUUCUUAAGUAGCUUCAAGUAGUUUUCAACGAUUUUGAGGACGUAUUUCAAAGUUAUUUUCUGGUUCAAACCUUCACCUUCUGCAAUGAAAAAAAACACACUGUAAAAUGCUUGGAGACCGGACCUUGCCAAAUGGUU